UCAGUUUUUAUUUAGAACUCUAAGAAUUCGGAACAAUUCUACCAAAAGAAUAACUCCGAACAUUUUUUUAAUUUUUGGCUUUUUUUUCUUCUUUUUUUAAACUACUAAAUUAGUUCAAAAUCCGAAAGCCAAGAUGAAGUUCUACCCGAAUGCCGAUGUUUGGUUCUAUGUGGACAAGCCCAGCUGUAUGAACAGCUACCAAACAUAUCCGAGGGGUCACAGCUGGAAGAUCAAUGACAAGACCACUGAGCGGGUAAUGCGCUAUUGGCGGGACACCGAGGGUGUCAAAAAGGCCGAGAUCAAGCUGAAGGAUCUGUACUUCAAGGACUGGCCCAAGGGUCGCAUCCGCCCGCAGGCGUGUCUGGGUCUGCUCUACGCCACCGGUCAGCGUUUCAUCAGGUUGAGCCAAGCUCCGCCAGCUGGUUUCAAGUGCGCUCCAUUGCCUGUGAACCUGGCCACCGCCCAGUUGGUUAAUGUGGAGCUAAAGAAGAAGGCCAAGAAAGACAGGGCAGACGCUAAGAAGGCCAAGGCAGAAGCCAAGGUCGCCAAGAAGGAGGCCAAGCUUAAGGCCGCCAAGGAUGCGGAGAAGGCGGCUAAGAAAGGCAAGCAAUUUAGUGCCAAGCCCAAGGAAAUAAAAACCUAUGAAGAUGCCGAAAACGCCUAGUCCCAUAAAUAUAUAGUUUAGUGAAAAUGUUCUCGGCCUAAAAACGCAUAUUCUGAAAUAAUUAAAUUUGUUGCAUUAAGCCUUCCUUUAUUUAA